GUGUUGUCAGCUGUAAUGAAGAACACUGUGAGACAGAAGAUUGAAUAAAGCCUUGUAACAACUGGAUUAGAGGUUUAGAAAAGAAAGUUAAAAUUAGUCACUUUGGUUUUAGUGUUCCAAUUUCAUAAUAUUUAUUCUUUCUUUUAAAUAGAUUUAGGGAGUAGAAAUUAAAAUUCAGUGCUACACGAAAGGAUGCACUAAUAUUUGUUCUUUUUUUUUUCUUUUUGUAUGAGAGAAGGAGGUAGAUAACCAAGAGAUAUAGUGAUUCAUAAUGAAAUAUACUAAGUUAAAUUUUAUGAUGUCGGUUCUUGGCAUUAUAAUCUAUGCAACUGAUUUAAUUGUGGAUAUCUGGGUGUCUGUCAGGUUUUUCUAUGAGGGACAGUAUGUUUUUGGUAUUUUAACAGUAAGCUUUAUGCUCUUUGGAACACUUGUGGUCCAGUGUUUUAGUUAUUCUUGGUUCAAGGACGAUUUAAAGGAAUCAGGCCAAGAAAGUCAGCAUUGUUUUCUUCUACUUCAUUGCUUGCAAGGAGGAGUUUUUACAAGGUAUUGGUUUGCCUUGAAAAAGGGUUAUCACGUGGCUUUCAAGUACACCAGCAAAACGGAUAACUUCGUGGAAGAACAAAUCGAUCCUCAUAAAGAAGUUAUAGAUAGGGUGACAGAUUUGAGCAUGCUCAGGCUAUUUGAGACCUACCUGGAAGGCUGCCCACAACUUGCUCUUCAGCUCUACAUCCUUCUGGAACAUGGUCAAGAAAAUUUCACUCAGUAUGCAGCCAUCAUGGUCUCUUGCGGUGCUAUUUCUUGGUCGACUGUUGAUUAUCAAGUAGCUUUAAGAAAAUCCUUACCUGAUAAAAACCUCCUUAAUGGACCCUGUCCUAAACUCGUAUAUCUCUUUUACAAGUUGUUUACAUUAUUAUCUUGGAUGUUGAGUGUUGUGCUUCUUUUGUUCUUAAAUGUUAAGAUUGCUUUAUUCCUGUUGUUAUUUCUUUGGUUUUUAGGUAUAUUGUGGGCAUUUAAAGAACAAACUGAUUUUUGUGCUUCCAUAGGUAUGGAAUUCAUAUACAGGAUUGUUGUUGGAUUCAUUCUUGUCUUUACAUUUUUUAAUAUUAAGGGACAGAAUACCAAAUGUCCAAUGUCUUGUUAUUAUAUUGUAAGGGUAUUGGCCACAUUGGGGAUAUUGAUUGUGUUCUGGUCUUACCCACUCUCUAUUUUUAAUUCAGACUAUUUUAUACCUGUCAGCAUCACUAUAGCUCUUACUCUUCUCCUUGGAAUUAUUUUUCUUAUUGUUUAUUACGGGACUUUACACCCAAACAGAAGUGAAGAAACAAAACUGGAUGAAGCUGAUGGAAAACCAGUUCAAAGAGAUUGUAGAAUGAAGUAUUUCCUAAUGGAAUAAGGCUGACUUUUGGCUCAGCACUUAACAAGCUCCACAUGCAAAACUGGAUGAUCCUGGUUGCCGUAAAGCGCCCUCAAUGUGUGCGUUUGGGGAAAGUGAAGAAAUACUUGGAUUAAAUUUUGUGUGUUAAUCUUUUGGAAUUUGUGUGGAUCAGACUCUGGGAAGGAAAUUGAUAGCUUCAUGGUGAAAUGUUGGCAUACAAUUUCUAACUUCCAUUUGUCAGCUAAAACGGGAAGUGUUCAGGGUCAAAAACAUUUAUUUGCUACCUACAAAGAUAAUGAAUGGACAAAAAUGAGUGUGUUAUUGUAAUAUUUGGAAUUAAAGCCCAGCAUAAAGUCAAGCCAUUUAAUUAGUCCUUAAGCCAGUUGGUUGCAAUGGACUCUUCAUUUCUUUGUAAUUUUUGUUAGAUUUAGUAAGAAGGCAGAGCAUGGCUGUUAGUACGGGGUUGCCUUUAUGCAGGAUAAAAAUAUGGAGCUUUAAAAUUUAGAGCAGUGCUUCAUUAGAAAUAACUCCAUGCCAUUCUUUUGGACUCUUUAAUAGCACUUUUCAGUUUUUCUUUGCACUGCCCAGGAGAUGAACACAUGUCACCU